AUGCCUAUAUGUAGGGGAAGUCUUCGCCCAUGCCACGCCCUACCGCCUACCAUAUCUAGUAAGGGUCUAUUUGCGUGUCUGAAAUCUUAUGUCGCCAACGCGUAUGAAAAGGUUGCGCACCGCCUGUCGCGGAAAGACCUGGAUCGGAAGGACUUCAAGAGCUACAUUCUCCGGCACAAUGACGAGCGUGGCCUGUCGCUGCCGGAGAUCCUGGAGACGGCCAUUAUACUCAUCAUUGCCGGCAGCGAGACGGCUGCAACCUUCCUGAGUGGGUUUACCUACUACCUGCUGAAGCACCCACGCGCUUACAAGCGCGUAGUGGCCGAGAUUGGAUCUAAUUUUAGCACAAUGGAUGAAAUCACUAUCAUCGCGACGCAGGAUAUGCAAUACCUGGCGGCGGUUGAGGACGAGGCGUUCCGCAUGUACCCACCCCCCAACGCAUUCCCCAGGAUUGUUCCCCGCGGGGGUGCCGAGAUCGACGGCGGAUGGGUUCCGGGAGAUGCUACAGUGGGGAUUAAUCAGUGGGCAGCAAACUAUGACCCCGGCAACUUUAACGUGCUUGUGAUAGCCGCACAGGUAUCAGCGCGUAAGACCGACAGAUCAUACACAGGAAGUAGCGUGCGUUCCCGCGGGCAGCAACUAGUCAGCCUUGGCCGUCACCCAAUCUUGAAGAUGGCAAGCAAAAGACGGAAGGAAAAAGGUAAUAGAAAAUAA